GAAUGCAGUAAAGCGAGUUUCCGUGCUGUGAGAAAUAGUUCAGCUCGGAGCUGCUGAAUAAACACAGACAUGAACAUUAGGGUAGAGCUCGCCGUUUUAGGGCUGGCCAGCGCGGGUUGGUUUUGCGCUAUCCUUACAAAAUUUCUACCCAUGUGGCACGUAACCGGAAUGGUGGAAAACAUCACCACAACACUUCCACUGUACUGGGAUGGAGUUUGGCUGAACUGGCAACACCACACGACCGGCAGACUUCACUGCGCCUUCUAUCAGUCUCUGCUCAAUCUGACCGAGCACUUCAACACCUGGAAAAUCCUGGUCAUCACGUCUAUAGGACUGGGAGCCCUCGCCGUUGGGGUUUACCCUCUCGGCUGGAUUCGAUACCCCAAGAACAUAUUGUUGAAAGUAGCAUCGGGGCCCGUGUUUGUGGCGAGUGGGCUGGUUCUGCUGGUGGUGAUUUCUUGGACUACACAUUUAACCGCUUCGAAAGCCGGUGCUGUAUUAACGCGGGAGUUUGGAUCGGCGAUCUACGCUGGCUGGAUGGGCACGGCGCUGCUUGUGGUGGGGGGUGUGCUGCUGACCAUUAUUUGCAGCGUAGCGCUCGGGGAGCAGAGACGGGACGAGUCGGCGACGCGAAGUUCAGAGCCAGGAGCUCAGGAACCGCUCCAGACCAUACAGAGCGCUUCGUUUACACGCUAUCCCUGAGCACAUCGUGGCCUUUAUUUUACCUCCACAUACACCAUUCUGGGAAAGCUAACGAAGGAAACUCAACACUCUGUCUGCGAUUAAUAAAACAUCGUCGCGAGGCCCAAAGGGCCAACCACCCGAACGCUUUCAGCUGUAUAAGUGGUGAAAGGCGACAUAAUCUCCUCUGGACAAGAUUUGGACUGAGAUUGAACGACUCUGUGGGAGAGGUAAGGUAUAAGGGUUGGAAAGAGGACUCUUCGCGCCGCACUCGAAUGGACGGAUAGUCUGGAAGCAUGGAAAGCGGACGGAGCUUGGCGCAGGUCAUCUCUGAAAUGCAGAAUGAGAUCAGAAAGCUGGAGAGUGAAAACCAAGCCCUCCGCGGGCAGCUCGACCGGCCGGCUUCAGGCCUGGACUCGGUGUCGCAGGACAGCUCGACCCACGCCAGCCUGAGACGAAACGUGUCCGCGCCACAACUUGAAGCACAGUACAAAG